GCACCUGACCCUGGGCCUCACUGAGUCUGACUCUUGAUCAGCCAAUGGCGGUGCCUGCACCAAUUGAUCCUUGUUUCGUUCCUAAGCUCAACAAAUCCUCACAUGAGCCAUGUGAUAUAUGUUAGGGACGUCUCACAUAGGACUGCUUUAAGGCAGUUGACUCAGCUCCUUAGGCUUCAGCGGAAGCUUAUGCUUGAGGAAAUUGAUAGUAGUUGAAUGCUGUUGCUUUAGCCUCUACAUUGCGAAGGGGGUGACGGUUUCAAACUGUCAUCAGGCGCGCUAUUGGCUGGUUCACUGGUGUCUUGUGCAAUUCAGAGUGGCCCAAAGUGGCAUUUCGGCCAUGGCUGGUGCUUCUGUCUGCUGUGUGGCCCAGCCCGCCAGCUGGUGCGUGCCAGGCACUCUAGGGAGUCUCUCGGAGGGGAGCCCAUGCCACCACCCAGCAGCUUCCUCGUCAGCCCACGCCACGCUGCCUGGUGGGGGCGUUGCGUGGCGCCUCCCGUCCUUGCCCCAGACUACCCUCCCUGCCUGUCUCUCCGUCCCUGUGGGGGGCCAUCAGCGCAGGUAUUCCCGUCGGUUAGCGGUGCGGGGCUCCGUUGAGAGCCCCGCUGUCGUCCCCCCCCCGCCUGUGGCCCCUGCUGCGCCUGCGUGCAUCGUGGCCGUGGUGGGCGCCAGCGCGGCCAGCCCACUGCAGGGGGAGCCCUGGACAGCGGUGAUGGCGCACAUGGCCCAGCGCCUGCUCUGGACGGACCCCGCCUUUGUCAUGCACGUUGUGCGGGACACUGACCUGCCCCCCAUUCCUUCUAGCCAAGGCAGCGCCCCCCCCAUCGUGGUGGUGGUGGGUGUGCACGACGAUGCUGUGGGCCAGCGGGUGGUGCAGCGCUAUGCUGAGGCGCUCACGCUGAUGGCGCUGGACUGCGGGCCAGCGGUGGAGGCAGCGGUGCGCCUGGGCGGCUCCUUCCAGCACCCGCGCAGCGCCCUGGCGGGCCUGCUGGCAAAAUUGCCUUGGGGCCCUGCCGCUGCGCGGCGCCAGCUGGCAGCCACCAUUGGCAGCGCGUGGGGGAGGAAUCGCGCGGACGAUGUGUUGUUUGGGCUGCUGCUGCUGGUGGACGCGUUUGUGCGGCCGGUCCCGCAGCUGGCGGGGCUGCGCGCGCAGGACCUGGGCACGCUGCAGAAGAUGGCGACCAAGUGCGGGCCGCAGAUAUGGGCGUGCCUCACCGACGCGUCCUGCAAGCAGGCGCUGGACUGCCUCAAUGCAUGCCCGCCAAACGACCAGGUGUGCAGCUACCGGUGCAUUGUGACGUACGAGAGCCCCCUGCUGGAGGCCUUCUCGCUGUGCGUGCUCCAGAAGCACAACUGCCUGGGCCUGCACGCGGAGCCGCCCGCCCUGCCGGCCGUGCAGCCCAUGGCCGCCUUCCGCGGGCAGCCCCUGACGCACACCGCGGCGGAGGACAUCUUCGUGGGCUGGCUGCGCGACCCUGCCCGGCAGCAGGCGGGGCGGCUGGCGUGGAGCUGGCGCGUGGUGGCUGGGGUGAACGCCGCAUACGACAGCUUCCCCUGCCAGUACCAGCUCUUCUACCGGGGCAAAGCGCGCAACAGCCUCUGGUACGACCCGGUGUUCAAGGUGCAGAAGCUAGACUCGGGGGAGGUGGUCUGGCGCCGCCGCCACUACCGUGUGCGCAGGGGGGAUGCGCCAGGGACCUUCUACUUCUCGGUCCUCGACAACGGCGUCACCUCCAACGAGUACUGGCGCAUCGUGGACUGCCCGGACGACCUGUCGUGGGCGCUCUUUUACUACGCGGGCGCGGCCGCGGCUGCCGGGCAAGCGUACUCGGGGGCGGUCCUGGUGACCCCCGACGGCGAUUGGCCGGGCAAAGAGCAGGAGGAGCGGCUGUGCGCGGCGCUGGAUGCAGCAGGGAUCAAGCUGUGGGAGCUGUACCGAGUCGACAACAAGAGCUGUGACGGGGCACCGUUGGACAUCAGCUCCAAAGAAUUGUCACCCCAGGGCGUCGAAUCAAGUCUGUUUGAGUCGUAGCGGUAUGUGUUCGUUGGAGCUGAUGUCUCUACUUGCUUGUGCCGCAUACUUGGGAUGCGCCAUUGGUGAGAAGAAACUGUUCUCCCGACCCCUAGUGAACCUGGAGGGCUUUUCAUGAAUCGAGUUGAUAGAUGAGAAUGCAAAUGUGGCGUCUGAAGCCAACACGAAUACCUACGGGGCAUGCAAGUCUUUUUGGCACGGGGUGUCAAAGGGGCCGGCCGAGCGAGAUCCUUCUGUUGUCCGGGGGGAAGUCGUCGAGCAGUUUUGGGGGCUGAACGGCGGCUUGUCCUGGGGCCGGCCACAAGAGUCGGAUAUCAUUCACCUGCGUCUAGCUGGGAACAUACCGUACUAUAUAUCCAGAUGUCGCCGGGAUAAUUACG